AGGACCCACAGGCGCUUAGUCUCUCAGAGUAGUUACCAUAGUCUGCUGUGGAGCGACUGUCGGCAUCCCACUGUUGUCCCAGUGAUGACCUCCAAAGUCAAAGGAAACUGACCACUUAGUGGGCUGGGGAAACUGUCUGCACAACACAAAAAGGAGGCAGGAUUCUGUGUGUGUGUGUGUGGGUGUGUGUGUGUGUGUGUGUGUAUAUGUGUGUGUUAAUAUGUGAGAUCGUGUGAGACUGUACAGUAUGUACAAGAACCUUGACUCAGGAAGAAGAGUAUAGGAGGAUAAAUAGGAGAGAAGCUGUGAAAGUCUUCUUCUAUGACAUGAGACCAUAAACCAAUGCCAUCCGCCUAAGGAAGCUGCUGGCCAAAGAGCACCAUCACCUCCCCGCUACUGCUUGGCCAAGUGGUAACAAGUUAACUCACCCAUUCAGCCGCCAACAUGCUAAAGCAAAUUUUAAACGACAUGUAUGUCGACCCUGAUGUGCUGAACGCUCUAAAUGAAGACCAGAAAAAGACUCUGUUCCUGAAAAUGCGCCAGGAGCAGGUGAAGCGCUAUAAAGAGCGGGAGGAGAAACUAGAGAGAGAUUCGGUGGACAACCAGACAAAGUCAAAUAAAGCCAACUGUAAGCGUGUGAGCUGGCAGCUCGGCCGGGAUGGAGAUGUGGCAGUCAUUGUGAUCGGGGAGGUGGACGAGCUGAGGUCCAAAUUCAUCUAUACAGGAUUUGAAGAAGAGAAGGAACCGACUCUUCAGAACAAUGCAUACCUUCAAACUAUCCUGAAGAGCGGAAAUAUCACAGAACCUGUGAAACCAGAGAGAGAGAAUGUCCUGUCUAAUACACAACCUGGAAUCUCACUGAAUUUAAAGCAGGGGAAAUGUGAGGAGAUGAGCACUUUACUCCCUCUGGCGGUGUCAGUGAGUGAGUGCUCAUUACCUCCAGCAGCAGAAAAGCCCGAGGUGGUGUCACCCAGUGUGACUGAGGAGAAGUUGUUUCUUCAGUCCUCCAUCUGCUCCAGGCCUCCCAUGAGAACUAGUGCUGUCAAAGUGAGACCGGCUUCUGCAAAUCCGGCACCAGGCUCUGUCAACACGAGACACGACCUUGCAAAUCUGAGGCUGCUCUCUGCCCAAUCACUCCUUUCCUCCAGCCGCACUGUCAAAAUAGACUCUGGAACAACAACAACCACCAAAAGUGGGCUGCAGUCACAGGAGCCUCAGAAGCCCCAGGUGUCAUAUGGUGAUAAAGAUAUUGGUGCAUCAGAAGAAUCUCAGAGGGCUGCCACAUUGGAUGCCUGGUCACUUGGGAGAAGAGGAACCUUGUCGGGACGUGGCCGAGUGGCUCAGCUGAUGAAAGCCUUUAGUACCGAAAACACUACGAACCCCACACAAACCCCUUCUCGUGGUAUCAAACCUCCUCUCCCCACCAAGCCUAGUCACUUGCAUCUAACGACCACACCUACUGUCAGGUAACCCGUACACACUGAACCACCAGCAGCCACCCAGCUUCAUGUGUCCAUGCUAUUUAAGGAAAGCUACACCGGACACUGUUGGACACCUAAUGCAGUGCCUCACCCACUGGGCUAAUGGGAAAUGGUAAUGUUCACGCUGUUGCCACAACUCCCAAAGCACAGCAAUGGAAAUGCUUGAAUGUAAUGGUUUCCUUUUAUAUUUGGAUGCUGCAGUACUGUAAACACUCUUUGUGGGAAGGAAGUUCCAAAGCAGUUGAUUGCAAUUGAAUACUCUUUUUGAAUAACAAACAAUUCUUCUACCUUUCAUGUAUUUGCCAGGAAAUUGAUGGCUAUCAUAUGUAUUCACUUGUUGUUGAUGCUUUCCAUUUUGUGUAAUGCUGGAAAAACACACUUUCACAAACACACACAUUUUUGAGCUCGAUUCACAAAGUCUGCACACAGAAUAUUGUUUACUUACAAAUACAAUUAUUUUCAUCACUUAUGAAGCGGUUUGCAUUAGCUCAUGUGCAGACAUGUGUGAGGAAGUUAUUUUUCUUUUGAUUUUUUUUUAACAAAAAAGUGGGGUAGGCUUAAUGGGGUGACAUUAGGUACAGUUUCCUCCUUCAUCUUACUCUCCUCCUUGGGAAUAGUAUAUGGUUGUUUAUUUGUCACAAUGCAAUGAACAUCUCCCCCUGCCACCUGGCAGGAGCCUCGCUGCGACCUGGUGUGGACCAAUGACAGUGCCAAAUGCCUCAUCUGUCACUCCCAGUGGAUCAAAUCCUGGCAUGUUGGACAGUCACUGCCAAUAAUCCAACUCUGAGUUACUUUUCUACAUUUUUUCCAUAUUAGUUUUGAUUUGUGUGGGGCUUUUUUUUCCACAUUUGCUAUACAAAGAUGUUUUGUAAUGGGAUAUUUAACACUAUUCUCACUUGUAAAAUGAGUUACACCUUUAUCUUUGGUGUCAUGUUUG